AGUGUAUCCGUCCUUGAUUGCGCCUUCACAUCUCCAUCUACGUAUAUCAUCAUGAACUUCAUCCUUCCUAUUCGCAUCGUGCAGCUCAUCCUCGCACUCCUCGUCCUUGGAACGAGUGCCUAUGNNGUAAUCACCAGCGUCUAUCGCAACGGCUCACCCUCUUCGAUCAACUUCCUGGUCUUCUCAUCGGUCUGGACGCUUCUCGCCUUGAUCUACCUCAGCCUCACGUCGUGGAAGCUUGAGCGCUUCGCACACCCAUGGAUCAUCUGUGGUGUUGAGAGCUUGACAAUGCUCUUCUGGUUUGCCGGAUUUAUUGCCGCCGCAGUUUUCCUCAGCGACCUCAUCACCUGUGCCGGACACGCUUGCAGUGCUGCUAAGGCCGCCACUGUUUUUGCUGCAUUCGAGUGGGUCUUGUUCGCCGUUACAACAGCCUUGGCUGUUAUGGCUGUACUCGGAAGAGGUCGUGCCUCCAAGGCCGGACCCAACACAAUGGGUGCUUGA